GGAUCAACGUCGGCUUGUGUCGGACGCGAGUUGUAACUUAGGUAAUCGGUUUGUGAUCGCGUAAACACGCGACUUGUGAUGGCUUUAAGAGGAUUUCUUGUGUUUUUGUGUGUCUGUCUGUGUGUACAAAAUGUGAUUUGUCAAUUUGGUUUCUUCAAUCCAAGAGGGAACCGACAUAAUGGUUUCUUUGGCCAGGAGUACAUGCAACCCAGAAGACCGGACAGGUUUUCUAACUUCUUCAACCUCCAACCAAAACGACCAGUGAUUAAUCCAGAGAAUAACCAAGACACUAUUUACGUCUAUGAAAUAAGUCCAGGGUCUCAAAACCAAUAUGACUAUAAUGGCAGACCUGUCGUUUUUCCAACAAACCGACCAAUGUAUAACCAGAAUGGUCAGAAUAAUGGAAAUGUUAAUUUCCAAAACAACCCUAAUAACGUUAAUUUCCAAAACCCGAAUGGUAAUUUCCAACCUAACCCUAACAAUGGGAAUUUCCAAACAACAGUCCCUUAUGAUGGAGGUUUUCAACCAGCCCCCAAUGAUGGCAGUUUCCAACCAGCACCCAGUGAUGGUAGUUUCCAACCAGGCCCAAGUGACGGUAGCUUCCAACCAGGCCCGAAUGAUGGUAGCUUCCAACCAGGCCCAAGUGACGGUAGUUUCCAACCAGGCCCAAGUGACGGUAGUUUCCAACCAGGCCCAAGUGACGGUAGUUUCCAACCAGGCCCAAGUGACGAUAGCUUCCAACCAAAUAAUGACAAUGAAGUAACCAAUACAAAUGAGGAGAAACCCCCACAAGACGGAUCUAAUGGCGGUUUCGAGGAUGUGAAUACUACCACUACGCCUAGUCCAGAAGAUGUUGGAGUUACAGCACCAAAUGAUCCAGUGAACUUUGACGAUAUACCGACAUGGAAACCAUUAACCCCGGUGCCUACUGUCUCCACGGAAUCAAGGAACAGCUUCAAUUUCCAACAAAAUUCAAAUCAAGGAGUGUUCAAGGAAACCUGUCCAACGGUAGAAGGUGGUCUUGGCACCUGUAUUUCAGUAUACGAGUGCCAGCCCUACAUCAGCGUGCUUCGUGAGUCGAGGACCAACCCCAACGCCGUGCAGCUGUUGAGGAGAGCACAUUGCGGCUUUGAGGGAACUGCUCCGAAGGUAUGCUGUCCACUCCCUGGUUUCCCAGAACCUCAAGUUACUCUCCCCACUACGACCACAACUACUACUACUACCACCACGACUCCAAAACCGACACCAGCGCCAACAGACCCCGCAACAGCAGCAAAGAUAAGCCCCGAGGACUUUGUACCUGCCCUUCCUGAUCCUCCGAUCUGUGGGUUCAGCAAUGCUUCUCUCGGAAGAGUCGUCGGUGGAGUUGAUGCUGGGUUGGGAGACUUCCCCUGGAUGGCCCUCCUCGGUUACAAGAGCAAAAGGACUGGCACUACCAACUGGCUGUGUGGAGGAUCCCUCAUCAGCUCUCGACAUGUCCUCACCGCUGCCCACUGCAUCCAUAACCAUGAAGAAGAUCUCUACGUAGUACGACUAGGUGAGCUGGACUUGGCGAAAGAGGACGAGGGUGCAACUCCAUUGGACGUGCUCAUCAAGCAGAAGGUCAAGCACGAGCAGUACAGUGCCACCUCCUUCACCAAUGACAUCGGUAUCCUGAUAUUGGAUCAUGAAGUUACUUUUACCGAUUUGAUAAAGCCGAUCUGUAUCCCCAAAGAUGAGAAACUAAGAGCAACAACCUUCGAAGACUACAACCCUUUGAUUGCCGGAUGGGGACACACGGAAUUCCGUGGUGCAGCAGCAACACAUCUCCAAGUGUUACAACUGCCAGUUGUAGGCAACGACUUCUGUAUGCAGGCGUACAGCGCCUACAAAGCACAGAAGAUCGACGAGCGUGUGCUCUGCGCGGGGUACAAGCAGGGAGGCAAGGAUGCCUGCCAGGGAGACAGCGGUGGACCUCUAAUGCAGCCUAUCUGGAGUCCAACCUCACACAAGACAUACUUCUACCAGAUCGGAGUGGUCUCCUACGGUAAGAAGUGUGCCGAAGCCAACUUCCCUGGUGUAUACUCCAGGGUCACGCACUUCAUACCCUGGAUCGAACAGCAAGUUCUAGGACGGACCACAACGUGACUUCAAUUGUAAAGUUCGUCACAACUAAAGGCUUUAAUUUAUAGACGAUUCUUCGACUUGACACGAGGCGAGGCCACCUCGAAUUUAGUUUCUAUGUCACAAAAAUAGUAAAUCUAGAUUAGGGAAUAAAAUAUAUGUAUGUGUGAGUGUUUAUUGUCUUUGUACUCAAUGUUAUUUGCUUUUCUUUUUUAUGGUCUUUUUUAACUGUGAUAGUUAUUGGUCUGUGGAGAAUUUGUUAUUACCAUCUAAUCAAAAUAAUGACACGCAUGCACGUGUGCACGACUUUUCAAGUUUUAUCUCAAAUCGAGUCGGCCUCGCCUCAAGUCGCAAAAAUUCGUCACGCCAAGAAAAUCUCAUACAAGCUCUCACAAAAAUGUUAAAUAAUUAAGUUAUAAGUUAC